ACGACCUUGUUAUUAGGCCAUGGUCACUGAAAGCAGACGACUUCCUGUCCUUACCAAACGAUAUCCGAGAGAGGGUUGCACUGAGACUACCAAAAACAAGCAAGGAGACGUAUCCAAGUCUUGGCUAGCUUCUGGAUGAAUCACUGCCACGGCAUUUUGGAGAAAAUCCAAUCAAGCUAAUUCCUGUUUGAUACUACGAGUGAAUAUUCCCAUUACUACUCGCUAUCGACUGACGACUUGAGCCUCAUUACUAGCGAGCUACUGCAUUAGCUCUUCCACGACUCGAAACAGCUUGGAGGGAUCCCUGACGGAGCGAAAACCAAUCAGAAUGACUGUCGUAUGAUCGGCUUCUCCGUAUCUAUGGUAACGUAAAGGAACUUCCCAGCAAGCUUCUCUCGUGAUAUUCUACUGGCUGUGACAAGAUAUAUUUAAGUUCGAGUACACACCAACCGUUCAGAUGGCAGUUUGGCCACAUCAAGGUAAAGAACCCCCUCUGAAGCUUAACUUUAGCAAAGAGCUUGCUCUCCACAGAAAACUGAAAAUGAAUGCGUUGGUAGGAGACGGUUCAUAUAGUGGUAUUGUACCAUAUGAAAAUAAACGCAGGGGAACUUGGAAAAACUUUGUCAUACUGUGCUUAUCAACCUUUUUAAGUUUCGUGGCAGUGUUUCCUUCUCGGAAUCUUCAAACAAGUAUACACAGUUCGUACCGAAUGGGAACAAUAUCUUUAUGUGCUUUGUACGGAUUCUAUAUCAUCGGGUGUCUCACAUCAAACAUCUGCAUCCAGCAUUUCCGGGCCAAAUGCCUUCUGUUGGUAGCGUUAAUCUUUCACGUGUUAUAUUCAGUGUCCAAUGUCAUCCCUUCCAUGUACACUCUUAUCCCAGCAUCAUGUUUACUGGGUCUGUGUCAGCCGCUUUUCUGGAGCAUCCAGGAGAUCACUCUUCUUGGAUACGCUUUAAACUACUCGGCCUUCUCCAACAUAAACCUGGAUAGCUCCCUCCGUCUUUUCCAGACCCUAAUAGUGAUAACUGUCCACUCGGCCCAAAUCCUCGGGAACCUUCUAAGUUCUGGUCUACUUUCCCUAUCCGAUGUUGACUGUGCUGAUAUCUGGUCUAAUGGAUAUACCAAUGGAACGGAACUACAAGAAGUUGGAGCAUUUGCUAAAUCAGAACGAUGGACAUACACUUUACCCCUCAUCCCUGUACUGACACGGAAACUCUCUGACCACCCGGGACCCAUCAACUACUACCAGUUUCUGACAGUCCUCUACCUCUGUCUUGGGGUAGUGGCGAUGGGAGGGGUCCUGAUAUUCUUUGAGAGCCCCGAUAUACUUCUCAAGAGGCGGUCUGGCACAUGGAAAGAAAAGAUUACAGAAGUAAAGGAUACGGUGUGUGAUGCCAAAGCAUUUCUUGCAGGAUUUGCUGCCAUAUUCACUGGAUACAUUCAAGGAGUCAUCAUCGCGGAUAUAUUGAAGCAAUAUGGUACCGACGUGUUUGGCUGCUUCAUCGUGGGCUACAUGAUGAUGUGUUUCGGCACCGGGAACCUGGCGUCCAUCUUGGCAUUCGACAAGCUCAAGCAGUACGGCUUGUCUGCCAUCUCGCUCUCAGCAGGUUUCAUCUUGAACACAAGUAUUCUCAUCACAGCGUUUGUGUGGAGACCUACUUCAUCUCAGUCUACAGCAUUAUUGAUAUAUCUGGCGCUGUGGGGAGCCGGUGAUGGGAUUAUACAGUCUCAACUGCAACUGGCUAUUCCGAAGUACAUACCCAAGCUGAAAGAAACGGCAUUAAUUGCUCUACGGGUGUGUAACGGGAUUGGUCUGGAACUGAGCUUCAUCGUGUCCCUGACGCUAAACAACCUGAUGACGUCGCUGUACAUUGCAAUGGCACUCCAUCUCAUUGGCUUCUUGGGUCUCGUGUUGGUGGCAUGUGACUCUCACGGUCGAGACGAAGAGGCUUCCUCGGAACCAGAACACUUAGAAACAGCGGUGCCUAUUACCCAGGACCCACCAGACAUCACCCAGUCGACGGAAUCGUUGGCCUAGAUUGCGUUCACUAUUGCUGGCUUGGCAUGCUAACGUAAUUGAGGGUUUCGCUUUAUUACUUAGCGAGAAAUGUGAACAAUUUUAGUCCACACUUUUUAUUUGCUUUCAGGACGCCGAUGAGUCGUUUUUAAGAACUGGAACUAUUAUAACUGUAGACACCAAUCAUUUCUUCAACCUUUUUUAUUGAUAAAGAAUGUACAUCCAUUAACAUAAAUUGACAAAUGAACCUCUUUUUACUAUUUUAAUUCGUAUACGCCGACUAGCCACUCUUUUCUUAUUGAUUCAAUUCCAUAGAUAAGAAUAUAUAAACUUGAAAUGUAUUUCUUUCACUCUUCGCAACAAAAUGAUGAAUUUGUUUUUAAGUUUAUGAUUGAAAAGUUUUUGAAACGUUACUAAUGGGAUUUUCUAAAUUAAACAUGAAUAACUCUCCUCAAAAAUGUCAUUUUGUGACAUUCUAAGCUCAUAUAUACUAGAUGUAAUUUCUCAAAGAACAUAAGAAAAUCAAACUUCCAUAAAAAAACACACAUAAAUUACACCACUUUAGAUUGUCAGAUACAAGUAUGACCUAGGAAGUAGAUAAUAUGAGACAAUUGGAUGUCAGUCACUCUCCACAAACGUGGAAAGUUUGGAAUAAGCGUUCAUCCAAUGUACUUAGCCAACUUUGAAAGAGUGUUCUUUCGUCCAGUGACAACCUCUCUCACGUGACGCGGAGAAGCGUCAAGACAUUAAAUGUUGUUAAUAUGAAUUUGUGUAGCUCACCGAUAUCUUCAUGGAAUCAGUAUGAUAUGAUAACCAGAAUAUGUACGUGUGUUGUAUUGCUUGUUACCACUAAAAACUAAAUCUGUAUGCCAUGGUUUUAGAUUUGGAAAGCUGAUAUGUGCAAAUUUUAAUCGACAUUCCAUAUUCUGUAAUAUUUGUAAAUAAUAUUUAUUUGUUAUUGCGUAUGAAACCAUAACGGGUUGUGACAUAUUUUUGGCAAGGUGGCACUGAAGGCAUUGAAUGUAUUAUCUGUUGCUUACAAUUGGUGGAUUAGCUUGAAAUUAACUGGGAGUCAUUAGUACAUAUUGCAUCCAAGGCAAAGUUCGUUUGUGAAAUUGUUUUUUUAAGCUUCAAAAGGAAGCAUAUUCGAUGCAGUCAUCAACUUAAUUGACAAUGUACAUUUGUAUAUAGCUCUAGACAAUGUUUGCAAAGAAAUGACAUUUCAUGAAUAUUCACAAUACCCUUUUGUGUCUACCAUAAUUUGAUCUUUUGUGAACUCUGAAGUGUUUGGAGGCAUGGGUGGCCCAGUCGUCUAGGGCGCCGACAUUCGCUUUGCAGAAACAUUAUAGAAACCUAUGAUCGUGGGUUCGAAUCCCUGUUCGCCCUGAUUAUGUUUUCUAAGUUUAUCAGCACCAUACCUGUGCUCGUGGGUUUCACCAAAGUGAAAACGUCUAAAGUGCAUCACUUCCGGCUUCCCUCCCACAUGAAGCGGACACGCCGUGUUAUAACUGUAAUACUGUUCAAAGAAGCUCACUCACUCACUCAUUUUAAUGUAAUAUGUUCAGUACUAAUUUAAAGAGUAUUGACAAUACACCAUACGUAUGUAAUAGUGGAAACAUAUGCUUCAGUGAACUUUUCAAUUCACUGAUAUAACAUCAGUAGGCUACCUAAGAUCAUACUGUCUUUCUUCAAACUGAAAUAACCCCAGAACAUUUACUGGUUAUUUAUGGUAUCAUUUGAUCACGAAGAACAGUGGUUGAUCUUAAUUACCAUAGAUGCUUGUCGAGAAGACUAGGGAUGGCCUGUUAUUAACGGUUCAUGUUCUCAUCAUCUGGGGAUUAGAUAGGCUUGAGGUCAGUGAUAGUCUUCCCUUGAGGACAUCCGCUGGCGUUAUUUAGGGAUUUUAACUUCUAGACCCUCCUAAAUGCUAUUUUUGACUGCGAUUUUGUUUCUUUGUUCUGUCUGUUAACGACAACAUACUUGGGUCAUUGUGAUGUAAGCAGUUACUUCGUCUACAGACGUCAUUUGAAAUUUAACACGAUAAUAAAAGACAGUAUAUAAUGGAGGCGUAUUAAGAUGUUUUCAUCUACAACUUUUUAAAAACAUUUACAAAACACACAGGCAAAACAGUUACUUUUAUUUGUCUGAGUACAAGUUUUUAUAUUUGCCGCAACGAGAAUUUCACUUAAUCAUCAAUGUACAGCGAGAUUUUACGUCAAAAAGGACAGCUUUUGUUGGUUUUUCUUUUGUCAUCAGUUUAUUAUAAUUAUUUAAUAAAAUCCUAGAAAAUACAUUUAACUAGCACGUACUUAGCAUAUCAUGAAGCAUUAUGAGGCCUAUUGCAUUUCAAGGAAAACAUGCCUGUUGCGGAGUUCUCUUCAUACAAAUAUUGGCUGUAAAAAUGAGUUCACGUGAAUUGAUGUUAUCAUAUAUGUUUUAGCACAUUGCUUCUUCGUUAUCGAUGUCAAUGAUGUAAUAUAUGCAGAUUUGCCAUGAAAAAAUAUGUACCUGUAUGAUUAUCAUUUAUAUACAAUUUACAUCAACACAGCUGAUCUGAAAUGAAUCUAUGUGUAUCAUGGUAUUAUGAACAUAAUCGUUUGUUGUGUAGAUGGGACGUUAACACUCAAAACCGGUUCUCACCCCACCUUGUCGAAUAAUGAGAAUAAUAAUAAUUAUUAUUCGCAUACAAUGAAACCUCGUUAAGUCAAAUGUCAACAAUAUAUCGACUUAUUCAUAGAUCCACACAUGUAGUACCGAUAUAGGACCAUAGGAUGGCUAAAGAUUCUGCGAGCUCAUUGCGCUACUUCGAUUUAUGUUAUCACUCGAUAUAUCGAGAUAAUAGAGGUGGACUUAACGAGGUUUCAUUGUACAUAUGUGUAUAUGUAAAAUGAUGCAGAGUAUUCUGUUUUCUGUCUCUGUAUCCCGAUGAACUUUUCACAUUCUGAAUAUGGUCUGUUGCAACUGUUGAAUGUUAUAUGUGUUGUUUCAUUUUAGAGUCAGCACAUAUUAGAAAUAACUACUAUUUGUUCUUGUAUAUAAACCUUGCUUUUGUUUGUUUGUUGUUUAACGCCGCACUGGGCAAUAUUUCAGAUGCAUGACGGCGGUCUGUAAAUAAUCGAGUCUAGCGAUUGAUAUCAUGAGCAUCGAACCACGUAAUUGGGAUACG